AUGUUCAGGCUUCGCUACCUAUCUUAUUUGCGUGAUUAUAUAUCUCCGAUGAUAGAGAUAACGAGAUCGCGACACGCGGUACAGACGUUCAAUCGAUCAGUCGUUCUCUCCAAAACUUUGACAAUGGUGACAAUGUCGAGUGAGUUAGAUAUCCAGAGAACUUUUGAAUUCGUCAAAGACCUGACCUUGAAAGCAGGCGAGGUAUUUAAGUGUGGUUUUGAAGGAGAGAAAGUCGUCACGGUCAAGGAUGAGUGGGAUUUGGUAACUGAUUAUGACAAAAAGAUUGAAGAUUUUUUAAUUAAUACUCUAAGAGAAAAAUUUCCUGAACAUUUAUUUAUCGGAGAAGAAGGUACAGCCGGGUCCUCAGACCAAAUAGAGUUAACUGACGAACCUACGUGGAUCAUAGAUCCCAUAGAUGGAACCAUCAAUUAUGUAAAUGGGCUUCCAAUUACUUGUAUUUCUAUUGGUUUAACAGUUUGCAAAGAACCAGUAAUAGGAAUUAUUUACAAUCCAAUCACUUCAGAAUUAUAUAGUGCGAUCAAAGGACAGGGAGCUUUCUUAAAUGGCAAACCUCUUAAAUCUUCCAAAACUACUGAACUAAAGAAGGCUUUAAUAGAAAUCGAGAUGUUUUCGAUUCGUUUUCCUUCAAAAGAUCGGGACCUCAGAGCAGGCAGACUAGAUGCAGUGACUCAUGCUGCACGAGGAGUUAGAUUCAUGGGAUCUGCAGCGUUGGCUUUGGCAUUCAUAGCACGAGGUGCGUUGGACUGCAUUUAUAUGGAAAUGCUUAAACCUUGGGACAUUGCAGCAGGAGUAUUGCUAAUUCGUGAAGCAGGUGGCACUGUAGUAGAUGCAAAAGAGAAGGAAUUUAAUAUUAUGAGACCAAAUAUAAUAGGCGGAGUAACUUGUGAGUUAGUUAUGGAAAUAAAGAAAUUAAUUAUCGAUACUGAUUUGAAGAUAAUGCGGAAGAGAUUAAAAAGAACAUAACAGACUAUGAAAUCGAAUGACAUACGAUGGCGAAUUAGCAAUACGAGAUCAGUGAAUUAAGAAUUUUCAGAUUGAAUCUAUUACGCAACAAGA